AUGUCGUCCGUAUUGACCCACAGAUACAUCGCCCUAAGUCUGUGGACCAACGAGGGCUACCGCCUUAUGAAGCUAGUUCAACAUUUGCAAAUUGGGACAUUAAAUGUUGGGACCAUGACAGGAAGAGACCUGGCUCUGGCAGAUAGUAUGAAAACUAGGAAAGUGGACGUGCUAUGUGUGCAGCAAACAAGAUGGAAGGGGAACAAGGCGAAAGAAUUGGGCGAAGGUGUGUAUGCACCACAAGUAGGAGGCACAGGUGAAGAAAAAGAACAGUUUUGGGCGGCCUUACAAGAAAAAUUGGAAAAGGUUGAUGAAAGUGAAAGAUACAUAAUUGUAGGAGAUAUGAAUGGCCAUGUUGGUAGCGGCAAUGAUGCCAUUAGUCGCAUACAUGGAGGAAAUGCUUAUGGAAAUAGAGAUGAGGACGGAGAAAAGGUAAAUGACCUAGCUUUUUCCUUCGAUAUGGUAACAGGAAAUACCCUAUUCCGUAACAGAAAUGAACACCUUAUUACUUACAAAAGUGGUGAUAGAGCGAGUCAAAUUGACUUCCUUUUAUAUCGAAGGGGAAACAUUAGGGAGAUUAAAAACUGGAAAGUAAUACCUGGAGAUCAUGUGACUGCGCAGCACCCUUUGAAUGUCAUUGAUCUCAUCAUAGCUGUCUCGCAGAAGCAGAAAAGGAAAACUACAAAUCAGAGAAGGAUAAAAUAG